CCGGCUUUUCCUCCUUCCUGCAGCGUGAUUGGCCCGCAGCUCUGGGAAGCGGCCAAUGACUGCGCUCAGGAAGAGCCGCGAGGCCAAUAUGGCUUCCUGCACCUGGUGACGGUUGAAGAAACGGUGUUAGGUCUCAUGGAGAAGACUCGGGGCGUCGAGGAGACUCCAUCUUCAGAACCUAUGGAAGAGGAAGAGGAGGAGGAGGACGACUUGGAGCUCUUCGGUGGCUAUGACAGUUUCCGGAGCUAUAACAGCAGUGCGGGCAGCGAGAGCAGCUCCUAUCUGGAGGAGUCAAGUGAAGCAGAAAAUGAGGAUCGGGAAGCAGGGGAGCUGCCCACCUCCCCACUGCAUUUGCUCAGCCCUGGGACUCCCCGCUCCUUGGAUGGCAGUGGUUCUGAGCCAGCUGUCUGUGAGAUGUGUGGUAUCGUGGGUACAAGGGAAGCCUUCUUCUCCAAGACUAAGAGAUUCUGCAGCGUUUCCUGUUCCAGGAGCUACUCCUCCAACUCCAAGAAAGCCAGUAUCUUGGCCAGAUUACAGGGAAAGCCGCCGACCAAGAAAGCCAAAGUCCUGCACAAGGCAGCCUGGUCAGCCAAAAUCGGAGCCUUCCUCCACUCGCAAGGGACAGGACAGCUAGCAGAUGGGACGCCAACAGGGCAAGACGCGCUGGUCCUGGGUUUCGACUGGGGGAAGUUCCUGAAGGAUCACAGUUACAAAGCUGCUCCCGUCAGCUGUUUUAAGCACGUCCCACUCUAUGACCAGUGGGAGGAUGUGAUGAAGGGGAUGAAGGUGGAGGUGCUCAACAGCGACGCCGUGCUCCCCAGCCGGGUGUACUGGAUCGCCUCUGUCAUCCAGGCCGCAGGGUACCGGGUGCUGCUUCGGUACGAAGGCUUUGAAAAUGACGCCAGCCAUGACUUCUGGUGCAACCUGGGGACAGUGGACGUCCACCCCAUUGGCUGGUGUGCCAUCAACAGCAAGAUUCUGGUGCCCCCACGGACCAUCCAUGCCAAGUUCACCGACUGGAAGGGGUACCUCAUGAAACGGUUGGUGGGCUCCAGGACACUUCCCGUGGAUUUCCAUAUCAAGAUGGUGGAGAGCAUGAAGUACCCCUUCCGACAAGGCAUGCGGCUGGAGGUGGUGGACAAGGCCCAGGUGUCCCGGACCCGCAUGGCCGUGGUGGACACAGUAAUCGGGGGUCGCCUUCGGCUCCUCUAUGAGGACGGCGACAGUGAUGAUGACUUCUGGUGCCACAUGUGGAGCCCCCUGAUCCACCCAGUGGGCUGGUCACGGCGAGUCGGCCACGGCAUCAAGCUGUCAGAGAGGCGCAGCGACAUGGCCCACCAUCCCACCUUCCGGAAAAUCUACUGUGAUGCUGUUCCUUACCUGUUCAAGAAGGUUCGAGCUGUCUACACGGAAGGUGGUUGGUUUGAGGAGGGGAUGAAACUGGAAGCCAUUGACCCCCUGAAUCUGGGCAACAUCUGCGUGGCAACCAUCUGCAAGGUUCUCCUAGACGGCUACCUGAUGAUCUGUGUGGAUGGGGGGCCCUCCACAGAUGGCUCAGACUGGUUCUGUUACCAUGCCUCCUCCCACGCCAUCUUCCCAGCCACCUUCUGCCAAAAGAAUGACAUUGAGCUCACACCCCCAAAAGGCUACGAGGCACACACUUUCAGCUGGGACACCUACUUGGAGAAGACCAAGUCGAAAGUAGCUCCGUCGAGACUCUUUAACAUGGACUGCCCCAACCACGGCUUCAAGGUGGGCAUGAAGCUGGAGGCUGUGGACCUGAUGGAACCCCGGCUCAUCUGCGUGGCCACAGUGAAGCGGGUGGUGCACAGGCUCCUCAGCAUCCACUUCGAUGGCUGGGACAGCGAGUAUGACCAGUGGGUGGACUGUGAGUCCCCGGACAUCUACCCCGUCGGCUGGUGUGAGCUCACCGGCUACCAGCUCCAGCCACCUGUGGCCGCAGAGCCGACCACACCUCUGAAGGCCAAAGAGGCCACAAAGAAGAAAAAGAAACAGUUUGGGAAGAAAAGGAAAAGAAUACCACCAACCAAGACUCGGCCCCUCAGACAGGGGUCCAAGAAGCCCCUGCUGGAGGAUGACCUGCAGGCCGCAGAGAAGAUCUCAUCGGAUCCUGUUCCUGAAGAGAUCAUUGCCGUGCGCGUGAAGGAAGAACAUCUAGACAUGGCCACGCCGGACAAAGCCCCGAGUCCAGAGCUGCCUGUUCCCCUCGAGAACAUCAAACAGGAGACCGAUGACUGAGCCUUCCCCCCUGCCAGCCCGGGGCUCCUCUGUUGCUACCACCCUUCCCCCCUGCUUUAGUUUGGAGACUGAGCCUUUUUGCCUAAGUUCUGCCAGCUGCUGUGAGGGCCGGGCACCGAAGGACCUCUGGCCAGGCCUGCGUGACUGGGGCUGCCCGAGGCCUCCAGAUUUGUCUGUGAGCGACUCCUCCUCCAGCUACAGUUCCCAAAGCUCUUCCUCACAGUAACCUCCCUCCACACCCACAUACCCCUCGACUGCCGUGGGGUCGAGGGCUGCCCCCAGUCAUACUGGAAGACGAGUCCAUGAGGUGUGUACGGGUGUGUCCAAGCAAGUCCUGUAACAGGCCUGGAGGUCGGUGGUGAGUGGUGUGGUGCGUGCCUGAAAGCAGCCACGUGGAGCAGCCUCUCCCCUCUGGGCUUGGCGCUCCGCUCCUCCCAGCACCCUAGAGAGGCCAGGGAACCCCAUGCGCGCGCCCACCUCUGGCAGGCAGCUAAGCAGCAGUGACCAGGAGGCAGGUUCUGGUGACUUGUGAGGUGACCUUAACCUGGUUUCUUUGUUGGCAAGAGGACUGACCCCUAUUUCCUAAAAGGAACAGUGGAAUAGAGGUGGGGUCUGCUCCUGGCUAGGGGGCUUGCACCACGUGGGGAGGCUUGGUGGCCGAGGGGCUACAGAGGCGGCAGGACUGGAAGGCGAGGCCAGGGCUAUGAGGAGGCCCCAGCUGGACGGGGGACCACCGCCAGCUUUGCGCUUAACCUGCUCUGAGCCCAGCUUGGCUGGGACCUGUCCUUUCACCCCCUUCUCCCUGUUAACCAGGGUCAGGUGCAGCCCUGCCUGAGUCAUGGGGCAGGGGAGUGGUCAGCCCUGCUGGCUGAGGUGGCCCUAAGGAAGGGAGAAGAGGAUAACAGGACAUGCUUCCUGGCUUUCUGUCCCUUACUGUCCAUCCUCCUCUCUGAAGUUACAUUCUAGAAGCUCCCCUAGUGUCUGCCCAAAUUUCAGUAGCUUUUAUUUUUCCCAGUUAGUUUCCUUGGAAACGGUCUCUUUCCGUCUCUUCAGUAACUUUUCCUGGAACGUAAGGUGGAGGCAGGCUGCCCUUAUUUCUUGUCUUUGGGUGGAGACGCACUGCCAGGUGGGUCCCCGUGUCGUCCUUUAGGGGGUACAGCCGUGCUGCCAUGGGCGUCCAGCUACUCUGAGCUGGUCUGUCAGGCUGCCACUGCCCGUGCGUGCUGGGUGGGGUGUGGGGUGCUGGCCGUGCAUUUGCUCAGGACCUCUGCUGUUCGGUGUUACCCAGAGAUGGGGUGACCAGCCUAAGGGGAGCUGAUUUCCAGUUAUUUUUUUCCAGAGAGAACUCGAUCCUCACUCCUUUACUAAAGGCACUAGAAAGCCCCACAUGGUGUAGAACCCAGGCCCAGAAAGUGGUCAGUUGGUGCAGCGUGAACUCCCCCAAACAGUGACUAGAUUUGGAACACAGUGAAGAUCAAGGACGGGCCAUGCCUUCCCCUGCUGUCGCUCACACACGCACCCCAGACCUGGACAGUGACAGGUCAAUAACCUCAGCCCCCCUCUCCCCAGGGAAGAUGGCCUGGGUACGCAUUUGGGCUCACAGUGUACCCGUGGAGCUCUUGCAGGCUCCUGCUCCCAGCUGAAGCUAGUGCCUUGUCCCCAGACCCCUUGCAGUUCGGGGAUCCCGUUCUGACUGGAGCUUCUGGGAAAACUGGCCUUGGACGGCAUUGUAACCUUCAGUUCCUUCCCCCUGAAUGAAGUGAGGCCUGCCUGUGCCCUGAUGAGGAUGGCAGAGUCAGGGGACAGGCCAGCUGCCAUUCCCGCCCUCGACUGGCCGCCCCGGACUUCCUGAAGCCGUUAGUCAGGUUUCUGUUUCUUAGAGCUGAGUGUAUUCUCAUCUGUCACCUCCUGUGAAGGCUGGGUUCACACAUGAGCACAAUGAAUAAAUGGCCUCAUUUGAGCGCCCCAUCUCCAUAGCAACCACA